AUGAAUCACCCCCUCCAGAAGAAGUUGACUGUCUUUCCAGUGAAAGACUUGGAACUAUGGAGGAGCUACUACUGCCGACAGAUUGCGAGGAAACACAGUACAACAAUAGUUCGUAUUCUCCAAGAGGAGACACUGGGGGGGAAACCAUGUACGAACGUGUCAAGGCAUUCUUACAUGGGACGUUCGUCGUUGACUUCAAACAGUGGCUGAGGGAGUACCUGAAGUGCAACGGCCUGCUGACACUCUCAGUUUUUGCCGUGUUGACUGGCUGUCUCCUGGGGUUCAUGUUGAGAGGGAGCCAUCUCUCAACCCAGGCUAAGAUUUAUUUUUCGUUCCCUGGAGAGCUUCUUAUGAGAAUGCUCAAAAUGCUUAUCCUUCCCCUCAUCACGUCCAGUUUAAUGUCAGGCCUGUCGUCUAUGGAGUCUAAAGCCUGUUGUCGUAUGGGUGUUCUCACUGUGACCUACUACCUGUGGACCACCUUCAUUGCGGUGGUGGUGGGUAUCCUGCUGGUGAUCAUCAUCAAGCCCGGGGUGGGCACUGAAAUGGACAGCAACAGGCUAGGAGGAGGGCCCGUCAUGACUUCUGCUGAUGCCUUGCUAGAUCUCAUUAGGAAUAUGGUUCCUUCCAAUCUUAUUGAGGCGACAUUUCAGCAGUACAAAACAGAACUGGUCCCUAUCCUGAAAGUCCCCAGGGUCAUGGUGCAGCCCAACUUUGUGUACAUCAUGCCUGAUGAUAGUGGCCCCACUGGUCGGACGGUGUUCCUGGAGCUCACUCCGCCCCCUGAGAUUCACUACAAGACCAGCGCUGGCAGCAGCCAACAGAUGAACGUGCUGGGGAUCGUCAUCUUCUCUGCCACCAUGGGGCUAUUACUGGGGAAAAUAGGCGAGAGAGGAGCACCACUAGUUAACUUGUGUCAGUGCGUCAACGAAUGUGUCAUGAAAAUCAUCAACACUGCUGUUUGGUAUUUUCCAUUUGGGAUCAUAUUCCUCGUAGCUGGAAAAAUCCUGGACAUGCAGGACCCAUCUACUAUUGGGAAGAAGCUGGGCUGGUACACCAUCACUGUUCUGGCCGGGCUUCUUGUCCACGGCCUCAUUCUCCUCCCUUUCUUUUACCUCAUCCUGACUAGGAAAAACCCCUUCACUUACAUCAGAGGCCUGCUUCAAGCCUUGGUCAUAGCACUGGCCACCUCCUCAAGUUCUGCCACUCUGCCCAUUACUAUGAAGUGCUUGCUGGAGAACUGCAAUGUGGAUCGACAGAUAGCGCGCUUCGUGCUGCCUGUGGGCGCCACCAUUAACAUGGAUGGAACAGCUCUUUAUGAGGCCGUGGCGGCCAUCUUUAUCGCCCAGGUCAACGAUUAUGAGCUGGACUUUGGCCAGCUGGUCACCAUUAGUAUAACAGCCACAGCUGCCAGCAUAGGUGCUGCUGGGAUCCCCCAGGCCGGCCUCGUCACCAUGGUGAUUGUGCUGACAUCAGUGGGUCUGCCGCCUGAUGACAUCACUCUCAUUGUGACCAUCGACUGGGUACUGGACAGAUUCCGAACCAUGAUCAACGUGCUGGGAGACGCCCUGGCAGCAGGAAUCAUUGGCCACUUAUGUCGGAAAGACUUUCCUCGCAGACCUACUGGCAAGUCGCAGCCUUCAUAUGGCACACAGAACUCGCACAACAUGCAGAAUGGUGUGCCUAUGACCGAGCUGCCUCUACACAAGCAGGACUGCUGCUAUGAUGUGAUGGGGGACACAGUCAACGAGAGGCCUACCAUCUACUACAAUAUCUGUCAAGUUUAACUCCUGGAAAGAUGCUAACCUCAAAUGCUGGACAUUUUUGGUGCACUUUUCCCCCACUCGUGCCAUAAAACGGUACUGAAAGAACCUAUUCCUGCUGUCACCUAUCCAGUCUUUUUGUGACUGAACUUUUUGUGACUGAACAUUUUGUUUCGCCUCGUUGGUGACACACUGCAAUGGACAAAUCAGUGUUUUCCACAAAGACCUUUUGUAAUUUUUUUAAAACAGUGAUAAGUUAGGAAUCGCCCCAAAGUACCACUACGAUCUUGUCUAUGUGCUGUUGACUAUUGCUAUUAACUCUACUCGUUCCUGCCACACCCUUUUAUCCACUUGCUGGUCUCCUGUGUUUAUUAAAUGGACCCUUUUGCAACUUUGGGUAGAAAACCCAAUAGCUUUUGCUCAUGAUGAAAAUAAAUGGUGUGGUCAUCCUUUCAAUUCAAGCCAGUCCUCAAUGAAACCACCAUUGGGGAGUGGUCAGGCUUACUUGAACAUUCGAUUGGCCCAGCUACAAAUAUUUUUAAAAACCUGUUCUAGCUGUUUGUGUACAAAUUGGUGCUUCUAUCACCAAAGUUACAAUCCAAAAACAUAGCUGCCCCACGACAUGGAAUUCUAUGGCUAAGCUUCCAACAUUCUAAUGUCAAUAGCACAAUAUGGGUGAUUUACAAUAAACAGAAGUUGGUUAUAUUAUAUAUAAUUUGAAAGGUCAUUUCAAUGUGAGUAAAGUCAUACAGUAUAAAAAAUUAUCAUGACAGCUGUGAUGCAAACAGGAAGUUUCGCUACAAUUUUAUAAAUGCAGACGUAUCAUUUGUUUGUUUGAGAUGGUGGGAUCUUUUAGUGUAGGUAAAAUUAAUUAUGAGAGAAAUGGCGGUGGAAACGCAUUUAUGCGCAAAUAUUGAUAUAACAACCAUCAUAUCGAAGUAAAC